CACCUCGCGGGGAGCUAUAUAAAGGGCGGCUGACCAGACGAUAGCACAGUCAAUCAACGGAUAGUCAACAGCCGACAUGUACACAAAGGUGUUUUUCCUCCUGGCGGGCAUGGCCCUGGCCCUCGCCGCCCCUGACCGCCCCAGGACUAGCUACGGCCCCCCCAGGGACUCCUCCUCCUCCUCCUUCGAGCACUUCUCCCCCUCCUCCGGCUCCGCCGAGUCCGGCUCCUUCGAGUCGUUCGAGUCGUCCGAGGCCAAGUACGGCUUCCAAUGGUCCGUGGAGGACGACUCCACCGGCAACGACUUCGACCACCAGGAGGCCCGCGACGGCGACGACACCCAGGGCGUGUACACCGUGCAGCUGCCCGACGGCCGCCGCCAGACCGUCACCUACCACGUGGACGGCGACGACGGCUACAUCGCCGAGGUCACCUACGAGGGCGUGGCCCGCUACCCCGACUCCGUCGAGUCCUACGAGUCCGGCUCCGACGAGUCCUCUGAGAGGCGCGUCUACGCCCCCCCCAGGAGGACCUACCUCGCCCCUGACUCCAACGAGUCCAAGUAAACACUGACGAAAUCUCAGUGAGAUGACGACCCGCAGAUGACCAAGCCCCGGCCGCCGCGCACGCCCGUCCUGUGCGCCGCGAGGCCGAGGCCAGCAGGCUGAGGCCAAGUGUCUCCUGGCCUUGGCCUUGCCUGCACGCCAGCGCGGCUUCCUCAACAUUAUCUUAUGUAAAUUAUUUCCUUCUUCUAUCAUUAUGUAAAUUAUUCCUAUGUAUUACUAUUUAUUUCCACUAAAGCAACAGCUCUGA